UAAUCAACCGCAGCCAUAAAAACACACACACACACACACACACACACACACAGGGUAAAAGGUGGAGUCAGUCUUUGGGGCGGUGCUCAGCGGCAAACUAAAGAGCAAAGUGCUCUCGUGCGCCAAUAGUUUCUCAUCUGUCUCGCGGAGACGACAUCAAGGACCAAUAUACAUUUAUAUUCACCUAAAAAUCAUUACUGCUUUUUUUAAAAAUUACUUUUUUUUAAAAAGGUAAAUAUUUGCCGGCAUUUUUGUCGAGGCUGACUCACCUGAAGGAGGCUCGAGACUUUGCAGCAGUGACGAAUUUCAGGUGCAUCUUAAACUGGACACACAUGGAUGUCAGCAGGAGGCCCAAUGAUGCUCCCCACUUCAGUGUUUGCGGCAUCAGCACCCAAUAGUCACGUCAGCCAGUUGAGCAGAUACUUGAACAGCCACCACAACACGCCUGAAGAGGACGAUGAGACCAUGAGCACAGAGGAGCGAGAAGCCAGCACACUCCACAAACCAGACUCGACCCCUAACCCUGAUGGCCACCGCCGCCCUCCAGAGCACGCCGUCUUCUCCGACCACUCCCUGUUCAGCACACAGAGGUUGGGCAGAGAGCAGGAACACAAACACACUCUCCCUCACCCUGGCUUGAGCUACGGACUCUACCAGCCUCCCCGCAGCUUACCUGCCGGGUACAGCCAGCCCACUCCGUUCCCCAGCCAGGCCGAUAGCGCAUGGCUCCACCCGAGCUUCGCCAGCAGCUGGACGGGGUAUCCCAACAGCCUGCCGUCCUCUCUAACCCAGAAGGACUGCUCCAGCUGUUCUGGCGAUAGCUGCCUCUCAGGGUACAAGUUCUUAUCCCUCCCUGGCCAGCACAGCACCAGUAUGAGCACCUUAGAGCAGCCGCUGUCUCUCUGCUCCAAUCCGCCUUCAGGCAACUUGUGCCACCAUACGUUGUCUCCGUACUCGUGUUCGCCCCAGGGAGCUGCCUGCUGUGCACAAUGCCCUGCAGAUGCCUUCAACAGGGGGCCUGUGGCCAACAAACCUCCCUGGCCUCAGUACCACCCAGCGUACGGCCCGUACUAUCCAGGCGCCUGCAGACUUCCUGGAGCUGGAUACACACACAUCGGCCACAACGUGCCAGCUAAAGAGAAGCAGCCCCCUCAGAGCACCUCGCUCUCUCUGGAGCAGAGGAGGGUGUUUGUGACUUAUGAAGCGGACAACGACAAGCACGUCAAUGAGAUCAUCAACUUUGUUGCUCUGCUGCGACACAAUGGCUUUGACACGCAUAUUGAUAUUUUUGAGCAGCAGUUCAGGAGCAUAAGCAAGAUAGACUUCAUGGAGCGGUACCUCAGUGAGAAAGAGUACCUGAUCAUCAUCAUCAUCAGUCCCAAGUACUACGAGACAGUGACGGCCUCUCCUGUCGGCCUGGAGAACGACGAGAGGACCUUCAACACCGUCUACAUACACAAACAGCUCCAGAAUGAGUUCAUCCAGAAUGGAAGCAAGAAUUUCAGGUUUAUUCCCAUUGUGUUCCCAGGGGCUAAAAAGUGUCACGUCCCAAACUGGCUCCAAAACACACACGUUUAUGAAUGGCCGCUCCAUCGGGAUGACAUCCUGCGGCGGCUGAUGAGGGUGGAGAAGUACAAUCCACCUCCUAUUGGGGAACUACCGACCAUCGUUUCCAUCCCCAUAUAGAGGCCGUCGACCUGAAGACUCAGACUGGACUGAAAUCUUUGAAAGAAACUUGCUUUUUGGAGAACUGCUGGUCAUUCUUGAGGUGAACGGGGAAACACGAGCAGGAUAUUUUUAUUUUACUUUAGUGUAAGUGUGAUGUUAAAGGAAUACUUCACCCCCCAUUUAACCAUUUGUAUAUCAGUUAGUCACCCUGUGUUGUGUUGAAUGAUCUCCAAGUGCACGUCACACACUGAGCGAGCCGCCUGUUAAUGACGCUGUGGGCUAAUGGGCAUGUAGCUACUUCCAUGUUUCAGAUGAUACGUCAUGUUUGUAGUCGACCAAUGAAGAUGAGUUUUCAUAUCACCUUGAGUUCGUCCUUCACCUUCUCAAAAUGAUCCCACACUUUGGAUUUCCUGCCCGACAUGUUAUUAACUAGCCUGUGGAAUAACCGCAGGUACCAGCCCUGGAAAUGAACCUGACUCCUGUCUGACUGCUGAGCGUGGACACUUCCUGUGUCUGUCCCUUCAAAAUAAAGUCACACAUGGUCCAGUGAUAUAGGUUUGGAUUUAUUUUGACAAGGUGCAGCUCCUGAUAGUUGCACGUUUGUCACGUUGACUAAUGACCUUUCUGGUCGACUAAUGUUUGGUUGAUUAUUAGGGGGCAGCCCUACUUCACAGUGAACAAAGAAUCCAAAAACAGUGAAAAAUUUUGAUAGAAAGAUAGAUAGAAAAAAAUUUUAUUCAUCCCCGAAGAGAAAUUUCAUAGUCAUCACAGCGACAUGUGACACAAAUACAUUAAAACACAGUAAGAACACAACAGCUGCAGACAUAGGAGGCUUUGGUGACUAAAAGGAGGUAAUUAAAUAGACGAAUAAAUAUAUGUGCGUGUCAAGUCAGUUGAAUGAACCAGUUCUGGCAAAGGCAAAUUAAUUUUAGAAUUUAUUGUACUUGGCAGGAAUGAUCACCUGUGCCGCUCCCUCAGACAGCGAGGUUGGAUCGGUCUGUAGCUCUGACUCAGGGAGCUCCUGAGCCUGGUUGGCUUGUCAUGGAGGAAGUGCAGUUUUGACCGCUGUCUCUCCACCACCAGCUCCUCUAAUGUGUCCAGCUUUGGGCCAAUGAUAUUCCCAGCACAGAAGAUGACACGUGCAAGAACAGACUAAACAUUUGUAGCAUCUUAUUACAGACGUUUAAAGACUUGAGCCUUCUCAGAAAGUAGAGCUCAUGCCCUUCUUGUAGAUGGCCUCUGUGUUGGUGGAUCAGUCCUGCUGGUCAUUCAGAUGAACUCGGAGGUACCUGUAGGUGUUGACAGACUCCAUAUCGCUGCCACUGAUGCAGAAUGGCGCAGGUGGGCUCUUUUUCUUCCUAAAGUCCACCACAGUCUCCUUGGUCUUGGCCACGUUCGGUGAAGUAAUAGGAGACUGGGUUAAACAACAGCAAAACGGUCUCAUUUAUCCAGUCGUGUGCUCAGUACUUCCCAAACAGAGAGUCCUUUCCAACAGGGAAUUAAACUAAAAGUGUGAUUUGUGCUUUCUUGUACCAUUCAAAUGGACCUGCACAUGUAUAGCGCCACUGAAAACGCUUUUUACACUUCGAGUCGCAGUCCCCCAUUCACACACUGGUGGCCGCACCAUUUAAGGCAGUGGUAGACCAGCAGCUCCUGUGUUCAGUGAGGUGAAAUUACCAUUUUUGUCAAUGGAGUCUGGCUUUGACGAGAGCAUAGAUAAGUUUCACUUUUAGUUAAGUUCCACAUCGCAAAGGCCUGACUGUUUGGAAAGUCCUGAGCAUACGACUGGAUAAAUGUGACUCAGAUUAUACUGCACGAGCUGUGUGAGAUUGAUUGACUGAUUUCACUUUGUUGUCAGAUUUUCUUUUUUAAAUUUGUCUUCAAAAAUUAGAUCUACAAAUGUGAUCUACUGUAAAAUUUCACUUAGUUUUUAAAUCACUGAACUCAACAGGCUUAUGUUUGGGACAGGCCUUUAAAGCCUUUUACACCAAACUGUUGCUUAGCAAAGAUGGGAAAUUAGAUAAAUAUGUCCGAUUAACUUUCACUAUCUGUACUCUGUAAGACAAGAAUAGUACCACUGACUCAGAUGAGGAUUAAGUUUGUAAAUGAAUGUUUCGAUGUAGUUUUGCUUUUGCUAAAAUUCGGCCCCAUGGCUCUCACCGUUUGUCUGUUUAUGAAUUUACCACACAGGCCUGCGAGAAAAACAAAGACUUCUUCAUGAGCUCAGUGCAACAGAGGGCAAAUAUCUGAUAUAUAAAUGAUCAUACAGGGCGUGACGUGUUCCUUUAAGGGUGCUGUGUGAACUUCUUUCCUAGGAUGUGUUGUGUAAGUGUAAUCAGUGCCUUUAAAUUCCACAUAACUCACAUAAAAGUGCCAGUUUGGAUGUGAGAUGAGACACAUUUUGCUCUCUGCAUCUUGUCAGUGUGCACUGUGCUGCAUGUUUCAACCUUUGAUGUUUACUGGUGCUACUCCAAGUUAAUUACUUUUACAGCCUGACAAGUACAAUGUUUAUUCUUUGAAAACAUAAUUUAAAAGCCAGGGUUCAUAAAAUGUGGACACAUAUGAAUGUAAGUGAGAUGUUUUUCAUAUUUAAUUGGGACUCACGUGUGCACGUGGACUGUAAUUAAACAGAUGACAUAUGAUGAAUGGUGUGA